AUGAACUCUAGUAUAUACAUUCUGUCGGAUACGACCGCUUCGAGCUUUGCCCACUAUGACACAAAUGGUAAUGGGUCAACAACCGGAUGCAAUGGAAAUACCGUUGAAGAUGGUUUGGCAGUGACGACUACCACGUUCGAUACACUUAAUGAUCGGACCGGCGCAAGUCAUCCGCCUGUCCACUUUGAUUCAGGCCAGUCUGCAUGCCUGAAUACUUUCGUGCUACCUUCAGCACCGUUGACCACAUGGUUCAGACCAUCAACCGCAGUGGAAAAUCAUGUGGACCAGGUCGAAGUUCACACCUAUCCGUUUAGUGAAUUAAAUUCCACACAGUCGAAUCCAUGUUCACGACAGGAAUCGGGUGAUUCGGAUCAAUCGAAUUCCAAGCUCCUGUGUACAAACGAGACUUCCUUGACGCAGGUGCAUCCCGUUUCCGCGCAAGAUACGAAGCCAACUGUAUCCCGAAUGUCCUGUGUCUCACAUGUUCUGACCGACACUGGAUCCUCUAUGGAAUACGGAAAUGAGGACUGUGAUACAAAGGGUCACUCAGUUCAUUCCUACGCAGUGGUCAUAAACAAACCGGAAGCAGAGGCAAAUUGCCAAUCAGUACAAAGUUCGAUGAGCGAUAUGGGUUUGAGCGGGAACAACAUCCACAGUGCGGAAUCUUUUGGGCCCCAAAUAAACAUCCUUCAAACAGCAGAAAAUGAAUCCAACGAUCUGUCUGAUACCAAUGGUUCCUCAAACGCGGUGGAAUGUCCAGAACGAAGCAUGUCAAUACCGGCGUACGCAGAUUUCAUUCGGUCUAAGAACUGUAGCCAUUUGACUACGAACAAAGCCGAACCCCUGGUCACAAACGAUGCUAAACGCUCGUUCAGUUCGAAGACGAAUGCACUGUCCAGUUUCAAUCAAUCCGGGCUACGUAAAAACAAAACAGAUCGCGCGGAUAGCACACGAUCCGAUAGGGUCAGUUCGACGGAAACAUACAGUUCUUUGUCCCGUUCCUCGUACAUGUGCCGCAAGUGUCGAGCGCAUGGGAAACGUUUGGCUGUGAAAGGACACAAGCGAAAUUGUCCGUUUCGUAACUGUACCUGUGCUGUUUGCUCUCUGGUGAAUUACGGUCGACACAUCGUGGCCAAACAGAUCGCAUUGUAUCGAGAUCAGAAAAAUCAUCACAAUCAUUCGAAUUCACAUCCGAACCCAGAUUACAGUGCAAAUCAAUUGAACAACGGGAUGCGCGUGUUCCUCGGCAAAACAGAUUCGAUGUUGGCUGCGGGUGUGAAGUCCGCGAAACCGAAUGAUCCCAUGGUCAAAUUUGGGAGUCAUGGAAAUGGUAGUUGUGAGACCGUUGAAGAUGAAGGUCCACACUGUCGACGUUGCCGGAAUCACGGCGAAACUGCUGCGGCGGCUGCCGCGGCUGCUGCAGCUGCCGCCGAACUCUCCGAUCCCAUGCGUCUGCCUCCGUUAUUGAUGUCCGACGCCAUGGCUCCCAGACCAGCGGCUACUGGUGCUUCCCUAGUGGAGUCCAACUAUUCAUACGCCUCUUUUGGGAGUGGUCUUUUCAAGAUGAAUUCGGUCGAACACACAUCUGCCACCGAAAUACUAAACAUGAAAACUCCUGAGGCUCAAGGUCUAUGUUUGACUGGUGUUACUAACUCAUACGACCUAAAUGAUACCAGCAAUCACGUACUUGAUUUAGCCAAAGGAAUGAAUGAAAACCAAGCAACACAUACGACAGGAAGUGAUCAUCGAACGACUGGUCCAUCAACCUCUGUCGUGGCUGGUCGGACAGUUGUUUCACCCGCAGAUUCACGACCAAGAUUAUCAGCCUUUUCACACACAAAUGGUCUCCCCGGUGUGAAUAGGUGUGACCUGGCACCAUACACUUAUACUCCCGAUGCAGGAACCGCAUAUUGUUCAUCCUACUUCGCUCACGAAUAUGAUAGCACAUUUACAUUAGGAAAUGGGGAAACAAAAUCCCAUUUGAUUUCACCAUAUUCCAUGGUGAGCAUGGCACAUUGCUAUGCACCAAGCAAACCGUUUUCUAUUUCUGACGCACUUAUCCCACCGCAGUUCGCUAGCGGGACUCGUUUCUGCCCUGAAGUGACCGGGGGUUGGUCGCAAAACCACGAGUUUGAGGACGCGUACAGCACGACACAUCAGCACUUUUCUACCAAUGAAGAAAACAUGCUACGUAACCUAGCAGAUUCCUCACAACCAGAGUCACAAUUAAGAACAAUAAGCGGUCCACUGUCAUUUACUGCUUCGAUGUCAAACCAUUUUAUGGAAGAAAGUGUUCAAAUCAGUCACUCGACGCCAAAUUCACGCCCGGUUUCUCAAAAGAUAUCUGCCACUACCUUAAAUGAUUCAACUAUUGAUCACAAUACGUUGGGCCAGCAAUCUGACAGACUCCAGGACGCACCCUCGUCCAGUUCCUUCAUGCGACAAGGAUUUCCUGUCGAUAGUUCUGAGUGGAAUUUGCCAGCUCAGUGGUUUCCUCUCCGACCGGAGACCAUGUUUUCCGAACCAAAGGAGGACUAUCUUUUCGGCACAUCCGGUUAUUCAUCACGUGCCCAACGAGCGGCAGCGUUUGCUGCGGCCGCUGCGGCUGCUGUUGCGUUGCAGUCGCAGGAAUAUCGGUUUGGUGCUGCUCAGUAUAAUCCGAUACCUCCCGAACUACAUCAACCAGUGGACUCAUCAACGGACAUAGAAUUAAAUCUUCCCACUGGUGCAAAACAUUCUGUUAAUGUGAUUUCUUCAACAAUGGGUGAGGUGAGCGAGCCACCUUCAGGUACAGAUUGCUUCACAAUAGCAACACAGAGUCUAUGUGUCAAUGUGGUGGGCAUUCAAAACGAACAGCAAACAAAACAGGUUGUGUCUGACCCAACAAAACCAAUACCAGAUUCGAUGUCAAGUGAUGGGCAAAAUGCAUUCGGUUCCUUAAGCUGCUUCCCACAAGAAACCCAAUCAGAUGUAUUGAAUGCUAGUAGUAUGUUUGCACGUUACUCGUCCGAAUCGCACACACCAAAGCAUUUAUCAAAACAGGAAGCUGAAUCAGUACCGGACAAUGUCUAUCGGUUUCCGACAUAUGGCAAGGUUGUAUCAGAACGAAUACAUCCGUCUUGGGCAAAUCAUAUGGAUACCGCUGUGUUAAGAGACAGUUCAGCAAUGUGGAAUUCUGAUCCUUCCGACAGGCCGACCAUAGAUUCAGACUGCUAUUCAUUGAAUGUAGCGGAACACAUUGCAAGCAGCACACAAGAGAUUCGUUUUAAACAAGUGUCCGAAUCAUUUUCAAACACAGGAAGUACUACAUUAAUCGGAUCCUCAACAAGUUAUGCGGAUGGAGGAACCGAUCUGGAAACUGGUAAUUCACUCAAUCCGACUUGUCAUGAUCCAGUCUUGAAGACCAGUUUAGUUGAGGCACCGAUUGACGUAGUUCACUCCGGAGGUGAUCCUCCCCUGGUUGCAGAGAGGGCCUCCAUGGAAAAUGUUGAUACCCGGAUGUCCGCUGUGGGAACCUCGUGGAGCAGUGAGAAUGGCAAUACAUUCCCGUCACGUGUGCUGUUUAUAGGUGCAAGUGAGACAACAGUUGCGAAUCAGCAUUCGGUACCCGAGAUCACGGAUAUAUCUGUCCAUUCUCCCUGGAUUAAUACCCCAUAA